UUUUUUUUUUUAAUCGAAAUCGUGUCAUUUUCUCUUUAAUUUUAAUUUUUUAUUAUAAGCGUCGAUUAUAAGUAAUUAUUUUAAUUAUUUAAUUUUAAACAUGAUUUAGCUAAUUUGUUUAAACUGAAUCAAGUCAAGACAGUGAAGCACAAUGGCAAGUCCACGUACCCGUCGAGUUUUACACGAAUUAAUGCCCAAAUAUGAUAACUCGAAAUGUUUCGAAUGCGGUGCCCAUAAUCCGCAAUGGGCUUCCGUCACCUAUGGUAUAUGGAUCUGCUUAGAAUGCUCGGGCAAGCAUCGAGGACUUGGUGUUCAUUUAUCAUUUGUUCGUUCCAUUACCAUGGACAAAUGGAAAGAUCUCGAGUUGGAGAAAAUGAAGGUCGGUGGAAAUCGACGAGCCAGAGAGUUUUUCGACUCGCAAGAUGACUGGGAUGAAACUGCUCCCAUUCAAAAACGAUACAGUUCAAGAGCCGCCGCCCUGUACAGAGAUAAGAUUGCAACCUUAGCUCGAGGCGAAGAAUGGACGCCGUCAGCUGGAGACAGUAAAAGUACCCCGAAAUCCGAAGAUAGUUCGGAAAUCGCGCGCAAAAAAGAAGUGAAAAAGAAAUCCAACCAAAAUCGUGCUAUGGCCAGAGAAAACUCAACUUCUAAUUCUGAUGCAUACUCCCCGACUUAUAAUAGUUACCAAAAUAGUGAUAUUUCCGCCGCAAAAGAGGCCUUCUUCGAUAGAGUACAAAUGGAGAAUGCUUCUAGACCCGAAAAUUUACCACCGAGUCAAGGUGGAAGGUAUACCGGUUUCGGUAACACUGUUACACCGUCAGAUAACACUGCAUUAAGGCCCAAUCCAACUUUACUGCUCGAUAAUGCAGUUUCAUCGUUGACGGCCGGAUGGUCAUUAUUUUCCGUAUCUGCUUCCAAAAUUGCCUCGAAAGCGACCGAAAAUGCUUUGAAAUUCAGCGAAAUUGCAUCGAAAAAAGUAUCCGAAUUGAGCGUUACUGUCACCGAUAAAGUUGGUGAAAUCGGUAGAAGAGGUUUUCAAGAAAUAUCCGGCACAAAUAUGGGCAUUCCAGCGGUUCAAAACGAACCGCAAACACCUACCGAAAAAUCCGAAUCGAAUAAGUUCAACGAUUAUAACUUCGACGACGAUUUAGAUUACAAAUCUAAACCUUCUACCGUACCUGAAAAAUCAAACUUAUACGUUGAACCGAACCGUUCUCAUAGAAGCGCAGCCGAUUUAGAGCAAGAGUUCGGUGCUGCUAAAAGUAAAAAGAACGCCGAAUGGAAUAAACCAUCCAAGCAACAGGUAGACGAUUUCUUGCAAUACGAACCUGUUCGAAUCAAGGAAUCGAAAACCAAGCAGAGAACAGCCGAAGACGAUGCUUGGGAGUUAUUGAACCAAUAAUAAAUAGAUUGCCCUCCAUAUUUGUUUCGAAUUGUAAAUUUGUUAACUACAAGGUUGUUAUCGGUUUUGAAAUAUUGUAUCAAUUAUUACCUUAUUGUAAGUAUUUAAUUGUUUUUUUUAAUCUGCGGUAGACGAAUGUACUAUUUUACUCGGAUUAACGACGAAAGUCUACUGUGUUUCAUCUUUUCGCAUUUUUUUUUGUUUGGCCAUUUUCUUACAUAUCUUUGAUAACAACUUUCCGCUUUACUUUCCUAUUUUUUUUUUGUUUUACGUGUGAUUUUCAUAAAAAUUGUUACGAAACAGGGUAACAAAAAUGAAGCCAAUAAUAAUAAUGAUAACGAAAAAACUACACAAAAAUUAUGUAUUUAUCGCCUCGAUAUAAAAAUAAGUAUAAUUAUAAAAAAAAAAAUAUGAGAAAAAAGAAAUACAAUACUUAUUGAAAUGCA